CACUGCAAUUUUUUUUGACAAAUAGGGCCCACGUGAGGUGCGGAGACCAAUGGCAGAGUGAGGAGCCCAGCAAAAAAAUAAUUACCUGCUUUGAUUGUUGUAUAGGAGAUAAGAAAGUAUACAUACACUCUGCUAGAAUAUUCCCUUAAAUGUAAGCCACAAUGUCGACAAGUGGUGCUCUCACUAACUACUAUGUCGACUCGAUUAUAAACCAUGAGAACGAAGAGAUGUUCGCGGCUCGCUUCGCCGCCUCUGGGUCGCACCCUCCAGCUCCACGACCUGCGGGAUUAGUCCCUGAUUGUACAGAUUUCCCAUCGUGUAGUUUCACUCCCAAACCGCCAGUUUUUACCACGACCUGGGCUCCCGCGCACUCCCAGUCAUCGGUGGCCGUCACCGGCGUGUAUCACCCCUACUCCCACCAGCCUCAUCUGGGGACUGACACCAGGUACAUGCGCUCUUGGCUGGAGCCUAUCUCAGGCCCCGUGCCGUUCCACCACGGCUUCCCGUCCACCGGCAGGCACUAUGGGGUUAAGCCCGAGAGCUUCCCGGGGAGGAGAAGCGAGUGCACCGACGGCCGCAGCUUCACAGACUACAUCUACGGAUCUUCAACAGAUAAGAUUUUGCAAAGCAUCCCGUCCCCAGGUUCGGAGACCAUGGUUUCAGCCAAGCACAAAGACGAAAAGACGGAAAUUGAUCCGAGUAACCCUGCAGCAAAUUGGAUACACGCUCGAUCCACAAGGAAGAAACGGUGCCCUUACACCAAAUACCAAACCCUUGAGUUGGAGAAGGAAUUUUUGUUCAAUAUGUAUUUAACGAGGGACCGUCGCUAUGAAGUUGCCAGGGUGCUUAAUCUGACUGAGCGACAAGUCAAAAUAUGGUUUCAAAACAGGAGGAUGAAGAUGAAAAAAAUGAACAAGGAAAAGAGCGACAAGACCAGCAAUGAAAACUGACGUGACAUUAUUAAAAUAUUAAUAAUAUCGCCAUAUUAAAAGUUCGGAACUGAGGACUGUGCGCUUUUUUUUCCUAUUAAAUUAAUUUACCAAAACUUCCCUCCCUCCAUCCCCUCCCAUCAUUGUCCUGUGUGCAAAAUAUACCACAGAAAAACUCACUCCGUCAGUCGACCCGAAACUCCAUUUUGUUUAAAGAAUACUUGAAUUUCUAUUAUUUAAAAAAGUGUAAGUUUUAAUCACACUUGUUUAUGUUAUAUAUUAGGCGUCGUGAGUGUGUUACACACAUUUUUUUGUACCGAGGUGCAGAAAGAAAACUGUGUCAAUUGUUCGUUUCUGUCUUGGAUAUUUUAUUAGUCCAAUAACUGUUUUUGUCACUAUUUUUGUGAUGUUAUAUUUUCGUUGUAGUCCGUAGAUCUAUUUAAAUAUAUUUGAAUCCUAACUCCAAAGGGGUCUUCAUUGUUUAAUCUCAUUUAAUAAAAAUGUGCUUGGACAACACACAAGCGAGCAGAGGUGGCGCAUGAUGUGUUUUCGAUGGCAAUUUUCAAAACCUAAUCCGGUCAAAAACAAUAUCUUUAAUAAAAGUAAAUUCACAAUUCAUCCCUCUUUCGGGAGCUGCAAAUGAACAGAAAAACAAAAGAGCAAAAAAAGAAGCUUCUAGUACAAAAGAUGUUUUCAUAUUCCAGCGAAUUAAUUUAACUAGAUUUAAGAA